AUGAACAAAGCGUUAAGCCAGGUUUCCAAAUCACCCUUCACAAGGAAUAUAGAGGAUGCAAAUCUUCCUUGGCAAUUUCACCAGCCUACAUUCACCCUAUAUAAUAGUCGGACAGACCCAGUAGAACACGUUAGCCAUUUCAGCCAAAGGAUGGCCAUCUACUCUAGAGAUGAGGCUUUGAUGUGUAAGGUCUUUCCAUCAAGCUUGGGCCCGGUGGCAAUGACAUGGUUCAACGGUUUAAGAGCUAACUCUAUCGAUUCCUUCAAGAAACUUACCUGGGCUUUUGGCGCUCACUUUAUUACCUGCAGCAGGGUUCCUCGACCUUUGGGGUCCUUGUUGUCUAUGUCCAUGCGAGAAGGUGAGACUCUUAAAACUUAUUCAGAUAAAUACUGGGAAAUGUUUAAUGAGAUAGAGGGAGAGCAUGACGAUGUGGCUAUAAGUACUUUCAAGGCUGGUAUUCCAGCUGAGCAUGAUUUGAGGAAAUCUCUAAUUGGUAAACCUGUUACUAGUGUACACCAAUUGAUGGAUCGGAUUGACAAGUACAGAAGAGUAGAAGAAGACCAACUGUAG